ACGCCUGUUAAACUCUAACGCUUUUGUUCGAGAAAAACACACAAGCUUUCCAGGAGACAGACUCUGAAACCUGCAGACUGGACUGAGAUAAUUCUGCUUUGUUUUAUCUUUUGGAUCUGUUGGCUUGCAGAGUGCUAGGGAGGACCGUUUCUGUCCUGAGAGUCAGGCAUCAACCCUAUUUGAACCUGGCUGGUUGCUCAUAGUUUUCCUCAAGUCUCGGUCUGCAUCUUGCACCUCCACUUUUUGACCCUCCAUCAUCACCCAUGUACAGCAGUGGAUACUCCCAUGUCUCUAAGUACAGCCAGGAGGCCAGAAAGAAGAUGAAGCACCGCUCAAAAGGCAAGAGCUGCGGCUACUACAUGCGCAUCGUCUUCUUCUUCUCUUCGCUCAUCCAGUCUCUGAUCAUAGUUAGCCUUGUGCUCUUUCUGAUCUACGGGAAGGAUCAAGACUCAGCAUCAACGUCACGCAUCCACCACCUGGAGGAGAGCUUCAGCAGUCUCUCCAUUGAGAAUGUGGCCCUGAAGCAGCAGAGGAAGAACCUGACCACCUUUCUCAAUGCCACCCUGAUUGAAAAGGCCCGCAACGACUGGGACCUUGCCAAACUGCGAGAAUACACCAACACCUCAGUAAUCCUUAUCCAAGAUAUGCAGAAGAGGCUGGUGCAAUGCAAUGGAGAGUUGAUGACUUGUAAGAUGGGGUGUAUCCGAUUCCCACCACCGUCUCAUGUCGGUUGUAACUGUGGGCCACUGAUGGAACAGAUGAGAGCCAAGCUUCAGCUUGAGAAGGCCAACUUCACUCAAAUAGUACAGAGGAUGAGGAUGGACAUGGAAGAGACUGCCAAAGAGAGAGACAAAAUAAACUUGGAAGCCAUCCAUCUGAGGAGAGAAAAAUCGACACAUGUAAAGGAGGUGGAGUACUUCAAACAGAAAUGCAAAGAUGACUUUACCAUGUCCCUGAGUGGUGUCUCCAGUGUCUCCAGCGCUUUCCUACAGAAGAUCGACUCCCUCUUCCCCACGCACAUUGCCUUCCAGCUCACCUGUCCCAAACAGAGAGAACACCUGGAGCAAAUCCGCACCAAUUGCUCCAGCCUGUCCAGAGAGGUGGAGGACAGGUUCCAGCGUUACCUGAACAGCGUGGGAGACCAGGUGUCAAGCAUCCAGGCCGAAAGCAGCCGCAUGAAGGCAGAGAACUGGAGACUGUCUGAAGACUAUCGCUGGUGCAGCCAGAACCGUACAAGUCUGAUCCAACAGAACAGAUAUAACCAAGACAAGCUUCAGCUGAAACAUGAUCAGGAGAAGGAAAAACUUCUGAUAGACAAGAUGAAGCUAAAUGGAGAGAUUGAACUCCUGGAACACAAUGUCAACUAUAAAAGUAAAGAGGUUGAGCACCUUUUAGAGCAAAUCAAGGUGCUCAACAUGUCCUGCAUGUCCAAGACAGGGUUCAGCACAUUUCCAGCAGGCACACACCAAAGUCGAAUGUCAAGUCCAUUUGGGAUGGGUUCCCCCUCUCAAUUUAAUAAGCUAGGGUCAGGGUCCAGUUCAAGUUUUGGUUCAUCUGGGUCAGCAUUCAACAAGCCAGUAUCAACUGGGUCAGGCUAUUCCCUCUUAGGGUCUGGUAGCUCCACUGGGUUUGGAUCCAAUAAGCCUGCAUCAACUGGGUUAGGCUCUUCUAGCUCAUCUGGUUCUUCCCUCUUAGGGUCUGGUAGCUCCACUGGGUUUGGAUCCAAUAAGCCUGCAUCAACUGGGUCAGGUAGCUCCACCGGGUUUGGAUCCAAUAAGCCUGCAUCAACUGGGUCAGGCUCUUCUAGCUCCUCUGGUUCUUCCCUUUUUGGGUCGAGUAGCUCCACUGGGUUUGGAUCCAAUAAGCCUGCAUCAACUGGGUCAGGCUCUUCUAGCUCUUCUGGUUCUUCCCUUUUUGGGUCGAGGUCCAAUAAGCCUGCAUCAACUGGGUCAGGCUCUUCUAGCUCUUCUGGUUCUUCCCUUUUUGGGUCCAGUAGCUCCACUGGGUUAGGAUCCAAUAAGCCUGCAUCAACAAGUAAAGGUAGCUCAUCCACAAGUUGGUUUGGGUUUGGAGGCAGUAGCUCAGGACAAAGUAAGACAGGAAGUGGAACGGGGAAAGAAACAUCAAGUGGAAGUGGUUCAUCAUUCGGAUCAGGAAGAACUAGUAGUUUUGGAGGUGGCUCAGUCAAUGUUGCUCAACACCUUAGGGACCUGCAACGCCUCAUCAACUCUCCCACCCCUGAGGAGAAACAAGAUCUCUCCAGGGUGUUGGGUUAGUCAUCUGGAUGAGAAAAAACAAACCAUGAAGGAGUUUUAUAUGCUGCAUUUUUAACACACAUCUAAAUGAAAGCUCCUCAUAUUGUGUUAACAUAUUGUAUCAGAUGAGAUGCUAUAAACUGUGACAGCUUAUACUCCAGUCAGCAUUUAGUAAUUUGAAUUACUUAAGCACUUUUGAAUGUAAAAUGUGAAUUUUGUGUAAGGAUUUGUUUUUUUAUGCAACUUUGUAUGAAUAUGCACACAUUGUAUUUUUUCAUUGUAGAUACAUUGAAAUUAAAGGCUUUGAUAGGACUGAA